AGCAUGAGGGUUUCAGGCAGUGACAUCCGGUCUCUGAUGUUACUGCGAAUACUUUCGAACACUCUUUUCAUCUUAAGUUUUUUUAGACUUGGUUUUCGGGACAGUUCAAAACUGUGAGUUAGCAGGUUAAAGCGUGAGCUCUGUUAAACCGCCAGAAGGUGAUUGCUCCGAGCCACAAGUGCAGCUCACUGAGAUCAUGGUGCUGAAAUCUGAGGAUGGAGUCGUACCGGAUGACCUGACGCCAGAGGAGAAGCAGGAACUGGAGAAUAUUAGGAGACGAAAACAGGAGCUGCUAGAGGACAUACAGCGGCUGAAGGAUGAGAUAGCAAAGGUGACAAAUGAGAUCGAAAGUCUUGGCUCCACUCAAGAAAGAAUAAACAUGCAGCGGAGUAAACAGAUCGCUAUAGGCCGCAAGAAAUUUAACAUGGAUCCCAAAAAGGGUAUUCAGUUCCUCAUAGAGAAUGAAUUGUUGAAGAACACUUGUGAACAUAUUGCUCAAUUCCUCUACAAGGGUGAGGGCCUCAACAAGACUGCCAUCGGAGAUUAUCUGGGUGAAAGGGAUGAGUUCAAUAUUCAGGUUCUUCAUGCCUUUGUGGAGCUUCAUGAAUUUACAGACCUCAACCUGGUUCAGGCACUCAGACAGUUUUUAUGGAGUUUCCGGUUACCAGGUGAAGCUCAGAAGAUCGAUCGAAUGAUGGAGGCUUUUGCCCAGCGUUACUGUCAAUGCAAUCCCGGUGUCUUUCAGUCCACAGAUACAUGUUAUGUGCUUUCAUUUGCAAUCAUCAUGUUGAACACAAGUUUGCACAACCCUAAUGUGAAGGACAAGCCAUCUGCAGAGCGCUUCAUAGGCAUGAACAGAGGCAUCAAUGAUGGAGGAGAUCUGCCAGAAGACCUGCUCAGAAACCUUUACGAGAGCAUUAAGAAUGAGCCCUUCAAGAUACCUGAAGACGACGGCAAUGACCUCACGCACACCUUCUUUAACCCUGACCGCGAGGGCUGGCUGCUCAAACUGGGUGGACGGGUGAAGACGUGGAAGAGGAGAUGGUUCAUAUUGACGGACAACUGUCUGUAUUAUUUUGAAUACACCACUGAUAAAGAGCCGAGAGGGAUCAUUCCUCUGGAAAAUCUCAGUAUUAGGGAAGUGGAUGACUCCAAGAAGCCAAACUGCUUUGAACUCUUCAUCCCAGACAACAAGGAUCAGGUCAUCAAAGCGUGUAAGACUGAAGCAGAUGGACGGGUUGUGGAAGGAAACCACACGUUCUACCGCAUCUCAGCACCAACAACAGAGGAGAAGGAGGAGUGGAUCCAAAGCAUCAAGGCUGCCAUAAGCAGAGACCCUUUCUAUGAGAUGCUUGGGGCCAGGAAGAAGAAAGCCUCAUCUCUGAAGAGACAGUAGGGCUGCUGAAAAGAUGGAUCUGGACAAGGGGCGAAUGAUAAACGGAAACCACAAUGCUGGACUAGAGCGAAUUUUAUCUCAGGAAUGACCUGAAUUUUUAAAGGUUUUCAUGCAGCUGACUGUCUGAGAAGUUGUCUGACAUUUCUGUUUGUUUCAUUCUCAUGGAUGAACAUUGAGUUCAUCUCAAAUCAGCAGGUCUGACUGAAUGUGGAUCUCAUUGAGCUUCUGUAAGCUUGCUGCAGACUUGACCGUUUCUCUCUGUGCUUCGAGAAGUAGAAAAUGCUAAUUGUGCACCUAUUUUUUACACUGCUAUGAACUGGAAGUAUCUGGGAGAGUUUUGGCCUUGUUUUGUUUGAGACUAUCUAGCUUUGUUUUUCUAUUUGUUUCUGAUCUGCUGUCAUAUUUAUGUGUUUUGUUGUGGUUGUUGGCUCGUCAUUUUUCACAUUUUGCCAAAGUUUGUCUUUCAGUCGCACUCCAGAUACUGUCCUAAAAACUGAAGUUAAGUGAUUGUCUGAUUCUUGAAAUUAAUUCUAGGUUUUAUUUU